CGAAAACUGAAAGUAUCGAACUCACCACGCUCGUAUCGGACCAGCCUCAGUAUUGACAUGAUAGAUAUUGGCAUCGGCCCGCCUACCGCGGACUCUGGAGUCGACUCUGCACUGCACGCUCGCAGGCGUCGCACCGUUUCUAUUCAUGCACUGACACCGCCUUCCGGUUCCUUGGCUUUACCGGCCUUUCCGGUAAGUUCUGUUUCGGGGAGUUGAAGCAGCAGUCGAGGGAGAGAGACACCGGCAGGAACAAGCAUGGCCACCGACCGGGACCCUUCUUUCAGCGUCAAGCUCGCCCAGCUGCUGCUGCUGUCUACAUACUGGGGCAUGCAGAUCUGGGUCACCUUUAUUUCAAGCUUCGUGAUGGACAACCACCUGAACAGGCACACUUUCGGCUUCAUCCAGAGCCGCCUGGUUCCUUUCUACCUGCACUUGGGCUCCGCCUGCGCCUUCUUCAACCUCACCAUCUACGCCGUCUACCAUCCCAGCGACAUGCUGGACGACAGGGAGGCCUUCCAGAUCUUCAUCUUCUUCCUGUCGGUCACCAUCGCGGCGGUCAACGCCCAGUGGUUCGGCCAGAUGACGUCGGAGAUCAUGGCCGACAUGCACCUGGUGGAGCAGGCGUGCGGCCUGGGCCAGGACAUCGGCCUGUCGUCCAACCGCGAGGCGUACGCCAAGCUGAGCGAGACGGACGCCAAAUACCGCCACCUGAGCGGGCGCCUGUGGCUCUACCGGCUGCUGUCGUCGCUCUGCAACAUGUGCUGCGUGGCCUGCAACUUCUACAGCCUCAGCUACAUGGCGGAGAACCUCAGGGCGCUGUGACGCAGACUCUUUCUUUUUUUUUAUCAGGAGUAAGUUAUCUAUUUGAUACGUCUUUCUUCCUCUGUGCCUCACAAUCCAUGAGCUGGAUUUUACCCCUUUGCCAAAAUCAACUCGACAGGCUUGCUCAGGCCUGUUGCUCCUGUUUGGGUACAAGCCCCGCCCACACGGCAGGUUGCUUAUUUCCCUCGGGCUAACUCGCUGCACCUGUCACUGAGCUAAUGCUUGGUUUUUCUCAGUAAUCCGUUCCAAAAACUCAGGUGAGCUAUUUUUCCUAAAAGGUGCACAAUAAAUAUCAAGACAGAAGUUAUAACGUCCUGCUGAUGACAUUAAAAAUAAAUAGCUUUGAUAAUAGAUAAUUUUUUUUAAAUGAGGUUAGAGUACCCGCACUGUGCUGUCAGUGGGUCAGGGUGAACAAAUCAAGCGCUCCUUUUCACCUGUAAACAAACACUGUGGGAUUUCAAAUGGUCUGCAAAUGUUAAAGUACCAAUGAUUGUCACACACACACACUAGGUGUGGCGAAAUCAUCCUCUGCAUUUGACCCAUCACCCUUGUUCAGGGGGUGAGGGGAGCAGUGAGCAGCAGCGGUGGCCGCGCCCGGGAAUCAUUUUUGGUGAUUUAACCCCCAAUUCCAACCCUUGAUGCCGAGCGCCAAGCAGGGAGGUAACGGCUCCCGUUUUUAUAGUCUUUAUGUCCCGCGGAGAGGGGGAAAAAAUGAUCACGCAUCAACACAUCGAACCUUAUCAGCCACCUGAAAUGCCAGCAUGGCUACCACAGUGUUGUGAAAGGCUAAGAAGACGCCAAGCAGAAGCUAACUACAGUUAAAGCGCCAUUAAAACCAUAUAAAUACAAUUAAGUUAUCGGUCUGAGAAGUUAUCUGUAUCGUGUCGGUCCGUUUGAUACCCGUCCAAAAAAAAUUAAUAAAUCAGAAAUGACGUAAUAUACUAGCUCGUAGGUCAGGAGCCAAAGAAGCCUGUUUUUAAAAUCGUUGUAUUAUCGCUUGAAUGCCAAAGAAUAUAUUGUGACGUAUAGAUGAUCACAAAAGGCAGUGUUGCAUAUUUCCAAGUGCACCUUUUUUUAUGAAAGCGCUAACACUCGCAACUUUGUUUGGCCCCAUUAGUGACUCGAGUCACCAGGUGCCUUGUAAAAAUGUUCAACCAAGACGACAUAUGAAAACCAGAGGAAAAUUUUGCUGUAAAAAACACGAAUCAUCCAAAAAUAUGAUAAUAAUGUAAUAUAAUAAAUGAAUGACUUUUGCAAUUGUGGCAUUACUCCUCUGCAACCAGCAGGGGCGCUGCGGUGAAACACGGGAAGGCGAGCUCCGAUCUAUGCACGGCUCAUCCAGGUUAACAUCGUCUUCAUUUGAAGCGUUUCAAACGCGUUUUCUCAAAAUGGCGUACGACCGCAACAUGUCUGAUGGUACGCAGCUGCCAUGUUUUGGUGCUGACUUUGUGGGCAGGUGAGGUUGCAAUUGACACUUUUUAACUGGAGUCCUUUUUAUGCAAGUAUUAUUGGAGCUCAAUUAUUUGCAAAUGUGUAUCUCAACCUGAGUGUGUGUGUGUGUGUAUGUUCUUGUAUUUCUACCCUUUUGAGACAUCAACAAGGAAAAGUCGCUUCCAUAUGAGGAGGUGUGAACAAGUGAUGACAUAAAUCAUGGUCCCAAUGACAUUGCAUCUAAUAGAGAAUGUCUCAUUAGCACCCCUGCUGGUGACAUCUAUCUAAAUGAGGGUGGUCCCAAAAAGGAGGGAUUUUUCAAACUGACUGUGUGUCGCUUUUAAAAGUGCUCCCCCUCUGGCCAACAUAUGAAAUAACAAGUGCGCGUAAACAUUUGAAAUGCGCCCCCUCUGGCCGACAUAUGAAAAAACAAGUGUGCGUAAAAAUUUGAAAUGCGCCCCCUCUGGCUGACAUAUAAAAUAACAAGUGUGUGUAAAAAUUUGAAAUGUUCCCCCUCUGGCCAACAUAUGAAAUAACAAGUGUGCGUAAAAAUUUGAAAUGCUCCCCCUCUGGCCGACAUAUGAAAUGACAAAUGUGUGUAAAAAUUUGAAAUGUUCCCCCUCUGGCCAACAUAUGAAAUAACAAGUGUGCGUAAAAAUUUGAAAUGCUCCCCCUCUGGCCGACAUAUGAAAUAACAAGUGUGUGUAAAAAUUUGAAAUGCUCCCCCUUUGGCCGAUAUAUGAAAUAACAAGUGUGUGUAAAAAUUUGACAUGCUCCCCCUCUGGCCAACAUAUGAAAUAACAAGUGUGUGUAAAAUUUUUAAAUGCGCCCCCCUGGCCGACAUAUGAAAUAACAAGUGUGUGUAAAAAUUUGAAAUGCUCCCCCUCUGGCCAACAUAUGAAAUAACAAGUGUGUGUAAAAAUUAGAAAUGCUCCCCCUCUGGCCGACAUAUGAAAUAACAAGUGUGUCAAAAUUAGAAAUGCUCCCCCUCUGGCCGAUAUGAAAUAAGUGUGUGUAAGAAAUUUAAAUGCUCCCCCUCUGGCCAACAUAUGAAACAACAAGUGUGUGUAAGAAAUUUAAAUGCUCCCCCUCUGGCCAACAUAUGAAAUAACAAGUGUGUGUGUAAGAAAUUUAAAUGCUCCCCCUCUGGCCAACAUAUGAAAUAACAAGUGUGUGUAAGAAAUUUAAAUGCUCCCCCUCUGGCCAACAUAUGAAAUAACAAGUGUGUGUAAAAAUUAGAAAUGCUCCCCCUCUGGCCGACAUGAAAUAAUAAGUGUGUGUAAGAAAUUUAAAUGCUCCCCCUCUGGCCAACAUAUGAAAUAACAAGUGUGUGUAAGAAAUUUAAAUGCUCCCCCUCUGGCCAACAUAUGAAAUAACAAGUGUGUGUAAGAAAUUUAAAUGCUCCCCCUCUGGCCAAGUUAUGAAAUAACAGGUGCGUGUAAAAAUUUGAAAUGCGCUCCCUCUGGCCGACAUAUGAAAUAACAAGUGUGUGUAAGAAAUUGAAAUGCUCCCCCUCUGACCAACAUAUGAAAUAACAAGUGUGUGUAAAAUUUUUAAAUGCGCCCCCUUUGGCCGACAUAUGAAAUAACAAGUGUGUGUAAAAAUUUGAAAUGCUCACCCUCUGGCCAACAUAUGAAAAAACAAGUGUGCGUAAAAAUGUGAAAUGCGCCCCCUCUGGCCGACAUAUGAAAUAACAAGUGUGUGGAAGAAAUGUAAAUGCGCCCCCUUUGGCCAAAAUUAAUACAAUAAAAUGUAUAUAGAGACAUAAUGUAAUAACGAAGUAAAUAAUGAUUAAAAAGCAGUUACAAAGAAAACAUUCGGGGGUAAAAAAUUAAAUGCUUUAUUUUUUAUAUAUUUGCAUAGUAUGUUUAUAUUAUUAAUGUUGUAAAUACAAAUCUUUAUAUAUCUAGAAAGGGUGGUCCUAAAGAGGUAGGCAUUUUUCAGAGGUCUCAAGAAGGUAACAAAUACAAGAAUGUGUGUCUGUGUGUUAAGUUGUCUGUCAGUAUCAUGAUUUGUCUGUGUGUAAAACAUAUCUGUCCGUAUUUCGAUUGGGGUGUGCUAAAAUAUUUUUUUUUUUGCAUAUUUAGAUGUGUGUGUGAUGUGUGUGAAGCAGGAACUCUCUGUCGGCUGUUUUUUUACACGCAACUUUUCUGCGGUUUAGGGAUGUUCUUGUCUGUGCAGCGAUCUGAUGAUUUGUCUGUUCCUCCGCUUGCCCUUCCUUGUACUCACCACUAGUUGGCGCCUCGCAGCCACUCACACUCACACUCCCAUUGAACUUGAAGCCAAGAAAAAUGGAGGUUUCAUCUCUUGCUGUACAUAAAAGUUCUCGUUUUAGCAGUAACUUAUCAGAAGUAUUUGUGCAUUCCAAUAAGUGAUGAUGUAGUGACAUUAAGGCUGAAAUACUCACGUUUAAGAAGACAGCCCACAUGGUUCCUGCUUCACACACACAUCUAAGUACACACACACCAUUUGUUUUGUACACACAAACUCAUAUACGAACAGACAACUUAACACACACACACACAGAUUGCUAUACAGACACUCAUUAGUACACAUACAUGCUAUACAGAUACACAUUAGUACACACAAACAUUGCUUUACAGACACACAUUAGUACACACAUUGCUAUACAGACAUAUUAGUACACAGAUAUACAGACACAUUAGUACACACAUAUUGCUAUACAGACAUAUUAGUACACACAGAUUGAUACACAGACACACAUUAGUACACACAUAUUGCUAUACAGACAUAUUAGUACACAGAUUGAUA